UGUGUGACCAAGGAAGGGUUUGCUUGUGACAGGUCGUGUAGACAGUCCUCCCGAAUUCACAUCCAUGCCAUUCUCCGGGAUGCCGUCCACAUGCACUAAAUUCUAUAUAAAAGUGGAAUCCCCACUUCUUUUCUCUCUCACUCCCUCCGGAUGACGAGCCUCCAAGCCGAAAACGCCGCACGGCGCGCCAAAUUAGCUGGUCCAUCUGGGCUUCGAGGAGUAUUUGCGAACCCUCGAUUAGUGAGAUUGGCAGCUACUACGACACUUGGAGCAUUGUGUUAUGGUUAUGAACAAGGUGCCUACUCACAAGUACUCGUCAUGCCUGCGUUCACAGGUGAUAGUCGCUUUGCUCGCAUUGCGAACGAUGCAUCCUACAAAGGCUGGAGUGUAUCGACUUUAGGUUUGGGAGGCUGGUUUGGUGCACUGAUCAACGGUUAUCUCUGCGACAUGAUAUCUAGACGAUGGAGCCUUUUGGUCGGAGCCCUCAUAUGCUGUCUCGGUACCGGUUUAACUGCAGGUGCUCAAGGACCUCAGUGGCUGUUUGUUGGCCGUUUCUUCAUAGGCUGGGCUGUCGGUUCCCUCUCAGCAGCCGUCCCAUUGUACAACUCCGAGAUCGCUCCACCAGAAUUACGAGGAACGAUCGUAUCUAUUCAACAGCUUGCCAUUGUGACGGGAAUUUGUAUAUCUUUCUGGGUUGGAUUUGGCACGAAUUACAUCUCGGACACGAACUCGGUAUCUUGGAGACUAUGCUUGGCACUGCAAGGAGUACCGGCCGUGUUGCUCGCGGUCCUUACUUUUACAAUUCCGUACACACCUCGAUGGCUCAUUGGGAAGGGACGCAAAGCAGAAGCUCUCAAAACUCUUGCUUGGCUCCGAAAGUUGCCUGAGGAUUCUGAAUUGGUACAACUCGAAUUCAUUGAAAUCCAAGCAGAGUCUAUGUUUGAGAACGAAACGACAGAGGAGAAAUUCCCCCGUCUCGUCGGGGGUGGGCCAAUCAGACAGUUCCGGUUGCAAGUUGCACGAUUUGGCGAACUUUUCACCACCAUUCACAUGUUCCGUAGGACUGCAAUGGCUGGCUUGAUGCAAUUUUUCCAGCAGAUGACUGGUAUUGAUGCUAUCAUAUACUACGCCCCGACGAUCUUUGAAUCUCUCCAACUUCCUGGCAAGACAGUCUCUCUCCUCGCUUCUGGGGUCGUCGGAAUUGUCUUUAUCGUUUCCACGUUGCCCGCAAUUGCUACCAUCGACCACAUCGGUCGCCGACCGCUGUUGAUUUGGGGAGGAGCAGGGAUGGCGUUAAUGCUGAUCCUGUCCGCUGCUCUGACCGCGACCUAUCAACCUCAUUGGCAAAACGCCGCCGCGGCCUGGUCAACUGCGACGUUCAUCUGGCUCUACGUUGGAUUUUUCGGUGCAUCCUGGGGACCUGUAUCAUGGACAGUCAUUUCUGAAAUCUUUCCGCUCUCUACUCGUGCCCACGGUGUCGCUUUCGGUGCGUCAGCGAAUUGGAUGACGAAUUUUGUCGUGUCCAUCGUCGUACCGGUCAUGUUACAAAAUAUCACUUACGGAACCUACAUCUUCUUUUUGAUGUUUAUGUUGAUGGGCAUUGGAUACGCGAUCUGGAUACUACCCGAGACGCUUGGAAAGUCUCUUGAGGAAAUGGACUUGGUAUUUGGCUCUGGAGAAGCCCAGACCGAUGCUGCAAGGAUGGAAAGAAUAUUGCAACAACUCCAUGGGGUCCAUCCUGAAAAAGAAAGCGCCUCCAUGCAUAGCGUGGAUGGUGAAACGAACAAGGUGUAAUGGGAUUUCACGAAUCGAGAUGAUCAAUGAUGAAUGGAACGGAGGGAAAGAUUGCAACCCCAGGAAGUUGUACAGUGUCCUUGAUUUCAUGCGGGUAUGCAAUUUUAAGAACGCCUUGUACUCCAAAUAAACAAGACGCCGCCAUGGAAUUCAGUUGAUGGUGACGGGACAGAGUGCAUUCUUAUCCUGAGUGUGAACGUACCCUAAUAACUCAGCCUCCACUUCUCAGGAUCUGUCAAUUGAGAAUGACCGGGCGGGAUGACCGAAUCUUUAUCAACUUCAG